UUUUUUCUCCAGAGGCUAGCUAGCGCAACCCCAACCCUUGGGCCCCAGCCCAGGACGGUCCCCCGAGGGCGAGCUGCUCCACUUCCAGAGCUGUCCCUGGGCCCGGCUCUGGGGCGAAGAUGCCGGCCCUGCACAUCGAAGAUUUGCCAGAAAAGGAAAAGCUGAAGAUGGAAGUGGAGCAACUUCGCAAAGAAGUGAAGUUGCAGAGACAACAGGUGUCUAAAUGUUCUGAAGAAAUAAAAAACUACAUUGAAGAACGUUCUGGAGAGGACCCUCUGGUGAAAGGCAUUCCAGAAGACAAGAACCCCUUUAAAGAAAAAGGCAGCUGCAUUAUUUCAUAAGUAACUCUGGGGAGAAACUGUAUCCUCAGUGGCAGAACUAGCUUAUUUUAGUUUUCCGAAAUAAAACCGACAUGCCUUUUAAAGAAGGAAAAACUAAAUUAAAAGCGGACUUUCUCAAGCACUUACAUAGAUACGGUUUUGUAUAAAAGCUAUGUGCUUCUCAUCUUUGCUCACUCCCCACCCUCUUGAAGAGGGCAGAGAGUAUCAAAUGUACAAUUAUGGAAAUAAGGACAUUACUUGCGCAUGACUCACCUCUUUCAGUAUAUUGCUUGAUGCCUCAAAUAAAGUGUUAUCACUGGAAAAUGA